AGAGGGGUGAGGAAAGGGAGUGGCAAAGAGAAACCGUGCUCCCGAGAAUUUCCACACGGUGGACAGCAGUGACCAUGGGCGACUCCAAGGAAGAGAGGGAGAAACAUCUGUGCCCCUUGGGGUGUCAGGACCAUGAUGGCUUCAUCACUGCACUGCGGCUCCUCUCCCUUGUGCUCUUGGCUGCUCUCCUCGUGGCUGUCCUCGUCAAAGGCUCUAAGGUUCCCAGUUCCCAGGAGCAGGAGAAGGAAAAACAACGUAUCCACCAGGACCUGGACCAGCUGAAGGCUGGACUAGACCGCCUGUGCCGCCCCUGCCCCUGGGACUGGACCCUCUUCCAAGGAAACUGUUACUUCUUCUCCACAUUCCAACAGACCUGGAAGGACUCUGUCACUGCCUGCAAGGAAGUAGGUGCCCAACUCGUUGUCAUCAAGAGUGAUGAGGAGCAGAGCUUCCUGCAGCAGACUUCUAAGAAGAAAGGCAAUACCUGGAUGGGGCUGUCGGACUUAAAACAGGAAGGCACAUGGCUGUGGGUGGAUGGUUCACCGCUAAAAUGGGGGAAAUAUUGGUCUCCGAGGGAGCCAAAUAACCUGGGUAACGAAGACUGCACAGGCUUUUCAGAUAAUGGAUGGAAUGAUAACUUAUGUUCCUUAGAGCAAUUCUGGAUCUGCAAGAAGCCUGCAUCUCCUUGCCCUAGGCAUUGGGCUUCCAACAACAGCCCUGGCUCCACUUUGCAAACACCUUGUCCCCAAAGGCUUGGACCACUGUCCGCCCGCUCCUGUGCCUGCAGUUUGCUUUGCUUGAGGUUGUUGUUUGGAACCAUAUUUUCAACUUUCUUCCUGGAUAAAGUACUGCAUGGAUCACCCUUUGUGGUAGUUUGACUGAGCCUGUUCCCCAGAGGUUUGAGAGUCAAACCCUUGUUCUCCAGUAGGUGGUGCUGUUUGACGAGUCUAUGGAAUCUUUAGCAGCUGGACCCUUGCUAGAGAGACCAUCAGUAGGGAUGGGUUUUGGAGUUUAUAUUCUCACCUCACUUGCUGUUCUCACUGUGUCCUGUGUGCAGAUGAUAGUAUGUUCAGCCAGCUUCCUGUUCCUGUGACAUGAUUUCCCUUUCCCUGCCUCUUAUUAUGCCUCUGCAAACACUGUGAACCCUAUCUCUUUUGGAACCAUAAGACAAAAUAAACCCUUCCAUCCCUA